AUGAUUCGUCCUUACCAAAGGUGGGUUGGCUCAGUUUGGGUAAUUCGACUAAUUUUAGUUCCAGGAAAGAAAACAAGACUAAUAAUCUCUCUGGCAAGAUUAAUUAGAGCAGUGUUUCAGAAGCAUACUUUAAUCACAGUGUACUUCAUUUUAGACGUUCCUCAUUUGCAUACCUCAUCAAAUGAUAGCGGCGGAGAAGUAACAGUUUUAACACACGGAUAUGACAGCAUGAUAGAUUUUAUGGAAACAUUGAAACAGCUCAAAGAAAUAGAAUGUAUGGUGAAGUAUAUUGUUAAUGGCGGAAAUCAUAUUAUGAGCCGGUCACUUGAGGAAUGGCAUCAGCUUUGCUGGAAAUACAUAAUUACAUACUUUGGUCUAGGGAGCAUGAGUCAUAUAAGAGAAACGAUACAGAUUCCCCCAUAUAGAAGAGGAUGCAAAAUAUCAGAGCUGGCAUUUUUAUUCAAGAAAGCGUUUCUGGAAAAGGUUGGAAUCUUGACUGGUUACAAUACUAAGGAACACUUGAUGUUCUUAAACUGUGAUGAAAAUUUAAGACAGUCCAUUGGCAAGCUCGAAAAUCACGAGAAAAGAAUAUUAAUCGUUUACCCGACGCCACUUGUUUUCUUCAAUGUUAGAUACACUGAUGCUACUAAAUAUGACGACGUUAUCAGCGAGAUUGAGCGUGGGGAAAACGACAUCAAAUCCUUAAUUUUUAUUAAUAAAAAGAUAAUUAAAGAUGAAAACACGGCUUUUGUGAACGUUAUCGCAGCGCCAAAUUUGGAAAAGUCUACUUCACUUUUAAUGUGUAAUAAAUGUCAUCUAUUGGAUGGAGAAGUAUUGCGGAAUGUGAAUAGCUUAAUCAAACGGUUUAAAAUGAUUUUAGAAAAUCUUAAUUACAAUGGAAAUAAGUGGAACGCUGAGAAGGUGACAUUUCUGAAAGUAUUGGGAAACAUAUUUGGUUUUAUGGCUACAAGGACAUCCAUUCGACGCUACGUUCCUGCAUUCAAAGCACAACCAGCUGAACAAGUACGCUCACUUAUGCUUAACGUUGAGCAACUCAAAGUGCUGCAUAGUGAUAAAAGAAAGAAGAUCAUAUUGGGAGGGUUUGGUAGUGGGAAAUCUUUGAUCGCUUUAUAUCAAAUGGAACACCUCAACGAAUCUGCUGAAAAGAAAACAAGCAUUUUCUAUGUGUAUUGGGACGCCAAUAGUUUGAUGGUUCAUGAUGUGAGAAAGUUUGUGGAGACACUUCCAAAAAAUGAAUUAUCAGUGAUCUAUGUUUUUAACGUAAAAGACUUGUCGGAACACCUGAAAUUGACAGCGAUACCAUCUCUGGCGCAACUCAUCUUGGAAUUACUUCAUAACUAUCCUGGAACGGUUAUACAUGUCUUUGUGGAUGAAUAUGAUGCAGAGCAGCUUAAUCUCUUUGAAGCAAGGAAACUAAAUAGUGUACUCAAAAUGGCUAAAUUGGAGGAGGCCUGUAUUACCAUACUGCCGCAUUCAUUAAGUAAGAAUCGAACAUAUGUUUCGAAAAGGACCGAGAAGCCUCACGGUAAUUAUCAAUUUAAAGCAACUGGUAUGGAAAUAUUUGAACUUACAAGAUGCAUGAGAACUACGCAGAGGAUAUUUCAACUGACAAAUGCCGUUGAAAAAAUGAUAGGAGAAGAAAAGACUGUGUUUUAUCAACCAAAAAUUGCAGUGAAUGACUAUGAUGAUUAUUCUGUUAAUGCUUCAAAAUCUCCUUUAAAUGCUACUCAAGGAAGAAGAGAAGUUAUUGUGCCUGCAAGAUUAGAUUUUGUUGGUUCAGAUACAAUGUCUGGUAUGACCAACUUGCAUAAAAAUGUGCUUAAAAAGAGUUCAAGCAACAUCAAUAGAUUUAAUUUUCAUAUCCCAAAAGAUAUAGAUGUAGUUUCAGCAAGCGUAUCAUCAAUGCCCGUUGAUAAAAGUACAAAAACUGUCACGCAAUAUGCAUACCCCGAAACAAUUUCCGUUGGACACAAUAUAAUUGGAAAUAUGCCAACAUGCCUUACAUUCUCUGUCCAUUCACCAUCACAUUUCCACGAAAUGAUAACAAAAUUAUCGAUCAUCAUUGGUGAAUCUUUCUUCAAGGAAAACAUGAGCAAAUUAGUUAUUUGCAACACGCCUCUUCAUUAUUUUGUUAUGAAGAACGCCCUCAAGUUGAUGGACAUUAAUUUUAUCGACUACAUUGAAUAUUCAGGAUGGCAAUUAAAAGAUGCAGACGAGAAUGUUGUAAUCUCUCCUUUGCAAAAACGUUGCAUGUUAAGGCUGACAGAUUAUACCGGCUCCCGUGGGGAUGAAGCUGAUCAAGUUGUAGUUUGUAUCGAACCAUCUGCUUGUAGACUGAAACAUUUAACGCUUGAAUGCAUGAACAGAAGCCAUUGUGAUCUAAUUUUAAUUGGAAUAUCUUAUGAAGAAGCUCCAACGGCUAUUGAACGAAGUUUACCAAUUUGGGUACAGAAAAAAUGGCAAAAACAUCGUUCAAUGGGCAUAUUCUUGAGCCAAGUCGCACAAAAAGGCCUUCUGCAAAUGAAUUAUUGUGUUACGUUUUCACAUAAAGAUGAAACCAUAUGUUUGACUAAAGACAACCGCGACUUUAGAAUCAAUGUAGCCAGUAAGAAAUACAAGGAAUGUAUGAAAACUCUAAAGCAACGCAAUGUUAUUUUUGAGGACACGGGCAGUGAUGAACACGAUGCUACUGCUUUUAAAAUGCUUGAAAAUACAUCUCCAGUUACAGAUCUGAGAUGCGUCGGUACGGGGCAGAGAGAAUGUUUACUUACUUGGAAAUCUGAAGGUUUCGUGUACAUUGUUCGAAAAUGGAGUGAUGAUGGUGGUGUCUGGAUAGAAGUAGGAAGAACACGUCAAUGUUACUGCAUUUUCAAAUCCUUAAUCCAUGACAGCAAGUACAAAUUCUCUGUCACCGCUGUUAGCAACGUGGACUCUUCUGAUUGUGAAAUUGAUUAUAUUCACAUGAAGACGUCGAGUAUUUAUUCAUAUAUCGAGGAAGUGAUUCAAGAUAAUAGAGUAGUCGAAAUGGAAACCUUGGUUGCAUUGUAUCCGCAAGUUGUAUAUAUGACAGAUGAAGACGGUAACACACCAUUAAUGUUAUCUGCUAUCUACAAUAACAACCCGCCGAUGGUUCAUCUUCUCAUCAGAAAUGGAAGUAACAGCUUGGCUAUGGACACAUUCGGUUUAAAUAGUUACCAUAUGGCUGCUAUGGCAGGUAACAGUAAUGCCUUAUAUGCGCUUUGUCAACACAAUGAGACAUGUACUAACGCACAAGAUGGUAGGAGUAGAACAGCGUUACAUUAUGCUGCAAUGUAUGGUCACGUCGAGUGUGUUGAUGUGUUGCUACGAUGUUGUCUUAUUUCAACGAGUAUCGAAGAUGAAAAUAGAAGAAAUGCAUAUGAUGUUGCUGGAUUGAAGCAUAACCAACACAAUCGGAGCAAGAUUAGAAAAAUGAUUGAAAAUUACAAUGUGAAGCAAAAGUCCUUAAGUUCUUAAAGUGAUUGGCGAAAUCACCUUUGUGACACUGAUACAUGGAAAUUUUUAUACAGAGCUGGGCUCAAUAACUUCGCAAGAUUUGCUAAAGAAAUUCUCAUUGCUAUUUUUCAAAGUAUAUGAACACACCUACCUGUCAGAAAAGCAAAUGACAAAACCACUUCGGACACUGAUAUGUGAAAAUCUCUAUACAGCGAGGUUCAAUAACUCCGCAAGAUUUGCUAAAGAAGUUCCCAGUGCUAUUUUUCAAAGUAUAUGAACACACCUACCUGUCAGAAAAGCAAAUGACAAAACUACUUCGGACACCGACACAUGGUAGCUUAUUCCAGAAAAGCAUCGAGAUUAUUUUGUCUCAAGAACGGAAAAGUAGAUUGCAGUGUGAAAGGAUGACAAGACCUUAAAAUAAACAAAUAAUUAUUAUACUAUGCAUAUAUUUAUUAUAUUACAUUUCUAGUCAUUAUAUUUAUAUAUAACGUUGAUAUUCAUCGUUUUAUUUUAAAAAUGAGUUUGAAAUAAAAAUAAGGUAACUAAGUUAUUGGCCCAAAUCUUUUCACCUGUCCAGAAUGCUAUGACUUUGUGGCAGCAAAUUUUGGAACAAUGUGACAUAAACUAACCAGAAAACCCGACGCCAAAGCGCUGGGUUAGCGAAAAGUAACACUGUGACCCAGCGUGAGCGUUGUGUGCUUAAGUGCAGGUAAACCAUGCCACACAUCCAGGCGGAUGUGUGGCAUACUGUAUACCUUCAGAACAGGUAUACAGCAUGUCACACAUCCAAUGAAACGUUCACAGCGGGACAGCAUUUCGGGUGUAAGAUGUUUUUCAAAAAAUGACCUCGACAUAUCAAAAAUUAUUUGACCAGCAUUUUUGAAUUUAAGAAGCAAGUUUCUGUGAAUGUUUAAAAAUUAAUCAUGACACUGACAGCCUGUCGACCAGCUCAAACAACAGUCAGCAAUUUAAUUUUGCGUAAUAAAUUUUCUUGAAAUUUGAAAAAUUCAAUGUUUGUUUAAACAAAACAAAUCCUAAAGCCUGUCGUUAAAAAUUUAAUUGUGGAAAGGUUAAUUGAGAUUCUUGCCUCAUUAAAUCAAUAAACUUCCGAAUUUUGUGAAAGUUUGUAUAUCAGUAAAAGAUGUAGCUGCCUAAAUGCAUUUAGCAUAAGUAAGAUUAUUUAAAAAUCUUGUUACAGCUAACUUGGCUACUUAGGAUAGCAAUGAAUAAGACCUCAACGCAACACUCAUCUGCAUGUCUAAGUUCGAAAAAACGUCUUGAUUGGCUAAUUAUAAUAAUCACGGUUCGUGAUUAGUUCACUACAGACCACAACAAAAGUGGUAAAAUCGGGUUAUGCGGGAAUUCCGAAAUGAAGCUACGCGCAACCCUUUUGAUAAGACAUAAUACCGACACUAAUAUACAGAUUGUACGAACAGGAAAGAGAGUACACGCUUUUUUAAUAAGUCACACCGAGCUGAAAUCCUUUCAAUUUUCACAACAAUAAUAGGGUGGUCCAGUGUUGGCUAGAUAUUUAGAAAUUCAAGGCAUCAACUUUCGCGAAUAGAAGAAGUCGGUAGCCAAAUAUCUUAUCUAGAAUUGUUGUCCAGUGUACUUCUGUGGCAGAAGAGAGCUUGGGCUUGCGUUGAAAAAAGUUCGAGAGACCACAGCAGGAAUUUAUCAUCAAACCGCCUAAUUUGUUGCAAAUAAAGCUAGCCUUCAAUAUGAACUAGUCUAUGUGUUAAGUGUUUGAUUAAGGGACGCACCGCUAUAUAGAACAAUAUUUUACCGGGCGAAUAACUGAAUAUCUUUUCGGGUGGUGAAGCAGCUAGCGCAUUUGAACUGUGUUUACUCUACCUACACCUCUGCCAAAGUAGACUCGCCAAUUGGGGAUGUUUGCCUAUUUUGCGAAAGACAUGAAAAACGAACAAUCUUUCAAAUAUUAUUCCCAAUGUUGUAGCUGGCUGCCUGUCAUUUUUAUUAAGCCACAAGUCCCAAACAGAUAGAUCUCUUGUUUUUUUUAAAAUUAAAAAGGAUUAAACGAAAAAAGUGUUGAAAGAAACAAACACACAAGUAUUAUGCAAAAUGUAAAUUGCAAAUGUGUGCAACAAAUUUGGAGUUCUAUUUCUAAUGAUUUAAACUUCACUGGACAAUGGUUUGUGCUUGAUAAAAUUUGUAUGACCAAAUUUUUAUUUAAAUGAUGAAGUUGUUUAUGGCAAAUUUAUAUAUAUUAAAAUGUUUAAAACUACUAUUUUUUGUCAUAUGCUUUAGAAAAAACAAAACAAAGCCUUGGUCGUCUAAUACACGCCUACAUUGUUGGAAAUUUGAUGUGAUACGCGUCGAAUUUUAUAGAAAAUUAAAAUAUAUUUGUACAUACAGUAAAAAUAUUCAUUUUAGAGCGUUAUUGCGACUAAAAUAUAUUUUCAUGUGAUAACGCGUCAAAUUUUAUAGAAAAUUAAAAUAUCUUUGUACAUACAGUAAUAAUAUUCAUUUUAGAGCGUUAUUGCGACUAAAAAAUAUUUUCAUGUGAUAACGCGUCGAAUUUUAUAGAAAAUUAAAAUAUCUUUGUACAUCUAUAUAAUAAUACGCCAGUUCCGUGUGUCUGUCUGUCACUUUUGCAAAGUGGAUUACAUUCUUCAAAAUUUUCUUUAACAAAUUCUAUAAAACAUCGCCUAUAAAAUUGUUCUGUAAUUUACCAAACUUUACCGAUAAAAUAGUAUUGACGUCAAAGGAAAGUUAAUUAAGAUUAGUGAAGCCAUUACAUUGCACUUUUAAAUCUAAGGCUAAAUAACUUGGAAACGGGUGGAAAUAACUGACGUCAUCUCCUGCGUGGUUAACUAGGGACUACCUGGGACCAAUUUGGGUAAGUUGUCCAAACCUGGGUCACCAAAUCCGUUUCGGAAUGGACGGGUUAAUAACGUCAUAAAAAAACUUUUAAACCCUAAUAUCUCUGCAUCCGUUUGUCACAGGUACACGAUCCUAUACAUUUUCUUGAUCAGCGUUUCAAGAUCUAUACGAUGAAGGCAACAGGCAUACACAUUUCUGAAAAAAAAAAUUUUGUGUUCUGACAUGUCUCUGCUGACAUCAUCAAAAUUUAAAUGACGGUUGUUUUUCUCUGUUAUCCUGCCUAAGUGGAUUUUUCCACGGGCUUUAUCGACUAGUCUAUAUAAUAAUACGCCAGUUCCGUGUCUCUGUGACAGGCAAAGUGGAUAUCUUCAUUUUCCUUUGAUAUUGCCGAAAAAUGCAUGUCUAAUAUGGUAAAUAUUCAGACAUUACGGCGCGACGUCAAUAACACCACUUUAACGUCAAUAUCCUAUAUUAAAUUAAUGAAGCCAUUACAGUGCACCUAAAAUUUUGAGGCUAAAUAACUUGGAAACGAGUUGGUGACGUCAAUGAUUUUUCACCGCGUGGGUAACUAGGGACCACCUUGGACCAAUUUGGGUAAGUUUCCCAAACCUGGGUCCCCGAAUCCGUUUUGGAAUAGACGGGUUGAUGACGUCAUCAAAAAAUCUUUAAACCCUAAUAUUUCUGCAACCGUUUGUCAGAGAUAUAUGAUCCUAUACAUUUUCUUGAUCAUCGUUUCAAGGUCUAUACGAUGAAGGUAACAGGGAUAUAAAUUUCUGAAAAAUUUUUUUUGCGUUUUAACAGGCCAUUGCUGACGUCAGCAAAAUUUUAAAACCCUUUUAUGUCUUUUGUUGUUCGUAGAAAAGUUAUGAUCCUAUAUUAUUUUGAUCAGCGUUUCAACCUCUACACGUUACAGGCAACGAAUAAACUUAAUUUCGCCAAUUUUUUUUUUUUUUGGAUUUGCAAUGCUGACGACAGCAAACCAACAUUUUCAAUGUCCUAUUGCCUAAGUGGAUUUCUCCACGGGUCUUUAUCGACUAGUCUAUAUAAUAAUACGCCAGUUCCGUGUCUCUGUGACAGGCAAAGUUGAUAUACUUAUUUUGCUUUGAUGUUACCGAAAAAAUCUUUGAUGUUGCCGAAAAAUAUGUCUUCUUUGUCGUGAAAAGCCGCGAGUUUUGUGUGGUUUGUUAAAUGAAGUUCUAGCACAAAGUAACGGAAAUUGUGUUUGCAAAAAAGAUGGCUGUCCUUUUUAAGCAUUUGUCUUCUCUUGCCUUCAAAAUAAAUCUUUACAAAAGCAUUUAAAAAGGGGCAUGGUAUAUAAAUGAAGUAUAGAAAGGUUUCUGUAAGGUUUGUUUAUGUUUUUUAAAGUUUUGAUGAUAUUAUUGAUGCGAGACAUGUUUGUUAGCUAGCAUCAACCACACCAACAACAACUAGCUAGGUAGCUAGGAAUU